AUGACCACGACCACAAAGCCUGAAGCGCUCAUCACGUCCGACGCCUCACUCGCUGGCUCCCUUCCCUCCAACUUCAUCUUUGCGGCUUCGACCGCGGCGUACCAGAUCGAGGGAGCGUGGAACGAGGACGGCAAGGGCCCCAGCGUCUGGGACGAUUUCCAGGAGUAUGGUAAAGACGCGUGCAGGAGCUACGAGCACUGGAGGGAAGACAUCAAGCUCCUCAAGCAGUACGGUGUGAAUGCCUACCGGUUCAGCAUCUCGUGGCCCCGCGUCAAGCCCGAGGGCGGCGCAGACGACCCCGUCAACGCCAAGGGACUCGAGUACUACUCCAACCUCGUCGACGCCCUCGUCGCCGAGGGUAUCGAGCCCGUGGUCACCCUCUUCCACUGGGACCUGCCCUCGGCCCUCGAGAAGAGGUACGGCGGUCUGGAUGACCCCGAGAAGAUUGUUGUCGACUUUGUGGCCUAUGCCAAGCUCAUGUUUGACACGCUGGGCGACCGCGUCAAGUACUGGAUCACCAUUAACGAGCCCUUCAUCUACACUUUGCUCCAGAGCGCCGUGUUAAAGAAGGUGGAGCACGCCGCGGACAACGGCAAGAACUUUGACACCCUCUGGGCUCUCGUCACCAAGUCGAUCCUCCUCUGCCACGCCCACACUGUCGACCUGUACCGCCGCGAGUACAAGGUCAAGCAGAACGGUAUCAUUGGCAUCACGCUCAACAUGGACUGGAUUGUCCCCAUGGACGAGUCCGAGGCCGCCGCCAAGGCCGCCCAGCAGGGCAUCGACCACCAGCUCGGCAUGUACGCCGAGCCUAUCUACCACGGACGCUUCCCCCAGUCCUGCCUGGACCGCUUCGGCGACAAGCUGACCUUUACCGACGCCGAGUGGGCCAUCAUCAAGGGCUCGAACGACUUUUUCGGCCUCAACCACUACUCCACCUCGUGGGCUACGGGCGAGACCUUUGAGUUCGCCACUGCCGACGUCUUUGGCCGCUCAUUCGGCCUGAUUGCCACCACGCGCGAAAAGGACGGCCAGUCCAUCGGCCACCGCGGCCACAACGGCCAGCCGUGCGAUGUGCCAUGGGGAUUCCGCCUGCUCCUCCGAUACCUGUCGGACAACUACACCAAGGAGGCUGGCCAGAGCAUCUUCGUCACGGAGAAUGGCUUCUGUGUGGCUGGCGAGGCGGAGAUGACCAUCUCCCAGGCUGUGAACGAUGUCGAGAGGCAGGCGUUCUUCACCGGUUACAUUCGUGAACUGGCACAGGCCGUCAAGGAUGAGGGCAUUGACGUGGGCGCGUACAUGGCUUGGAGUCUGCUUGACAACCUCGAGUGGGACCAGGGCUUCGUCCCGCGCUACGGCCUCACCCACGUCGACAAGACCACCGAGGCGUACACUCGUUAUCCCAAGGACUCGGCGUUUAUGCUCAAGAGGCUGUUUGACUUCCUCCGUAAGAACUAG